AUGGUUCUUAUUAUCAUUAGUGUCCAUCCAUUCUCGGUUUUAUUUCUUUACCGGUUUCAUAUCUACUCUCCUCUAUCCAAAUCCUUGGUCAACAUCGCCUUCUUUCAUUAUCUCGCAUUCUUUAUUUUUCUUCUUUCGCCAUUUUAUUGUCGUCUUUUCUUUCUCUUUUAUCUCCUUUCUCUUCUCUUUCUUUAUUUUCGUUUUUCUUUCUUUCUUUCUUUCUUUCUUAAGCACGUCUGUGCAUUGCUUCGUUUUCAUAUUGAUUCCAUCUCUCUUACAUUCUCCUAUUUUUCUUUUUCUUUCUUUUCUCGUUGUUUUACGUGCUUCAUUCUUUCUUUCUUUUCUAUCAUCUUUCUCAAUUCUUCCUUUUUUCUCUUACCUGUUUCUUACUUUCAUACCUUCUUUCUUUUUCUUUCUUUGCUAGUCUUCUUUGUUUCUUUUUUCUUUCUUUUUCUCUUUUCUCUUUCAUUCUCUCUAACUUUCUUUCAUUUUUUUCUUUUUUUUUUGCUCAUCGUUUUGCUUUCUUCGGUCGUUUCUCCUUCUCACAUCUUUCUCAGUUCUUUCUUUCUUUCUUUCUUUCUUUCUUUCUUUCUUUCUUUCUUUCGCUCGUUCGUUCGUUCUUUUCCUCUUCUCUGCUUACCUCUCUCUUACUUUUUCCCAUUUAUUCUUUUUCUUUCUUUGCUCGUCGUUUGCUUUCUUCAUUUUUUUCUUCUAUCAUUUUUCUCAACUGAUUCUUUCUUUUUCUCUUCUCUGUAUCCUUCUCUCUUAUUUUCAUUCAUUCUUUUUUUUCUUUCUUUGCCCAUCGUUUUCCUUUCUUCGGGCGUUUCUCCUUCUCACAUCUUUCUUUUUUCUCUUUCCCGUUUCCUUCUGCCUUUCUUUCUCCCAUGCAUUCUUUUUCUUUCUUUGCUCUUUCUUCUUCUUCUUCUUCUUCUUCUUCUUCUUCUUCUUCUUCUUCUUCUUCUAUUAUGUUUUCAUUUCUUUCUUUUUCUUUUCUCUGUUUCCUUCACUCUUACAUUCUUUCAUUCUUUUUAUUCUUUCUUUACUCAUUGUUUUUCUUUCUUCAUUCGUUUCUUCUUCUUAUAUCGCCUUUCUCAGUUCUUUCCUUUUCUCCUCUAUGUUUCGGUCUUCAUUCUAUUAGGCGUUAUCAAGGAGGAUUUUAAUUUUUAA